AUGAGACUUUAUCCGUCUGCCAAUAAGAGGGGAACAACUGACUUUCCUUCGUCAUUCAAGCGUAACUUUUUAUUACUAGAAUUCGAGUUAUUACUGGUAAAACUCAUAGAUGAUUAUGGCUGCGAGUCUGAAGUUUCCUCUUCAGACACUUCAAUCCGCUUUUUAAGAGCCAUGUUUUUUGUAUCUAGACGCGGGCUUGCUGGAGGUGCAGAGAUAUCACGUUCAAGACUCUUAAUCAUUCAUUCUUCUGGGCUUCAGAGUUUCGACCUACGUCUCGAAACUCAAAGGGAACCUGAGGAAACAAGUCCUUUUCUAAAUGAAACCACAAAUUUAUUGAAAGAAAAUAAAAAUGAACAAGUUUUUAAAAAAUUUACCGACGGACAAUUAUACUAUUGGAUGCACCGGAGAAAGUAUUGA